AUGAAAGCUGAUCCUUCCUAUAUAGAUCUUCUUUCACCUUGUCCUAUUUAUCCUAAUCCAAUGUUAGCAUUUAGUUCAAAUAUACAAAAUUCAGGAAAUUUAUUUUCAUCCGAUAUUUAUAAAGAUUUAAAACCAAUUACUUGUCAUGGAGUUACUAUAACAACAACAACAACAACAACAACACCACUACCAACACCACCUCCACUACUACCCCCACCACCACCCCUAACAACAACAACAACGACAACAAAUUGUAUAUCAGUACUUGGUGAAAUAACAUCAUCAUCAAGCUUUCCUACGGACUAUUAUUCAUCUUCUAAUUCCUCUAUAAUUUCAUCAGUAGUGACAUCAGCAACACCAGUAACAUUCAAUGAUACAUCAUCAAUAAUCAUGAUCAAAAUUUUUUAUUUAUUAGAAACUAUAUGUCGAUCUAAACAUUUAAUAUACGAAGAAAAAUUAAAAAUUCUUAUGAAUAUAGCAGAAUAUAUAAUAAAAUUUUAUGAAUAUUUAACAAAUUCAAGUACCAAUGAUUCAUUUACACAGGAUCAUGAAACUCCAUUGAAUCUUACACAACCAAAACCGUUGAAUAAAGAAACAAAUAUCAAUGUAUCUCCGUCGUUUACAUCACUUCAAUCAUUAUCGUCAUCUUCUUCUUCUUCUUCAUCAUCAUCAUCAUCAUCUUCUUCUUCUUCCAUCCAUCAUCAUUUCAAUCAACAGAAUUCCCCUGAUCAAUCAAUGAAACCCAAUAAUCAAUCAAUUUUAUUAUCAACACCAGAUAAUAACAAUAAUGAUACUUCAACUAAUUUAGUAAUUCCAAUACCACAGUCUAUACCUUGGUUACAAAAAUCAGAUCAAUUAUCUAAUGGAUUAAUGAAUAAUUCAAAUGAUAAUACUAAUGUGACAUUUUCUGAAACUAAUUUAACUUCAUCAUUGAAUUGGUUAUCAACAUUAUCAGAUGGUAAAGAAUUACCAAACUGGUUAUUAGAACAGAUGACACCAACUAGUGAAAAGAUGAAUAUACAUUCAAUUUCACAAUCCAAUAAUGCAAUUACUGAAACAAUGUUAAAUUAUUUAAAAUUUUAUUAUUCAAGACUUUCAACAAAUGAAAAUUCAUAUGAUCAUCAUCCUUAUCAUGAUCAUCAUCAUGAUCGUGAUCAUCAUCAUCAACAUCAUCAUCAACAUCAACAUCAUCAUGAUCUUCAUCAUGAUUAUCAGCAUUUAUCUCAACAACAAAUUCUAUCACAAAUGGAACAUAUUAUUCAAAUGAAAAAAUUUCUAAAAUUAUCUAAUAAAGAAUAUACUACUGAUAAUCAAUUACUAUUAAAUAAUAAUACUACUACUAAUAAUAAUACUAAUUGUUAUCAACUAUUACAUAAUCAUAUUGAUUUUAUUGAUAAAAACAUUACUAUACAAAAAUCAAUAAAUCAAUUACAUGAUAUCAUUGAUCAAACAAAAUUUAAAUUUAAUAAAGAAUCAAUAAUACCAUCAAUAGUAACUAUGCCAACAUCAUUAUCAGAAAAUAUUGUAACGAAUAAUAUUUCAUUAAAUGGAUCAAUAAUUAAUAAUAAUAAUAAUCAUUCAUUGUCAUUUUUAAAUGUUUCUCUUCCAUCUUCAAUGUAUUUAUCAUCAUCAUCAGCAGCAGCAACGGCUGCGGCGGCGGCGGCAGCAGCGUCAGCAGCAUCAGCAUCGGUGGCAGUAGCAGCGGCAACCGUAUUAGGACUUUCAUCGUCUUUGGAAUAUCCUUAUACACAUCAAGCGAAUACGAUCAAUCAUUCAUUUGAUAAUAAUAAUAAUAAUAAUAGUUUUCUAUCAUUUAAUGAAAAAUUAAAGUCUAUUUCCGAAACAAACAAUAAUAAUAAUAAUCAAUUCGGUUUUCCAUUACAAUCUAUGUAUAAUAGUAAUGAUACUAAUGGUUAUACUACUGAUUUAUAUAAUAAUAAUACUAAUAGUAUUAGUAAUAAUCCAGGACCUAUCAUUGUCAUGGAUACGAAGUUGUCAACUACACAAACACCAAUUACUAAUCUAUCAUCAUUAAUUAAUCAUAAUAAUAAUAAUGCUAAUAAUAAUUCAAUAAUAAAUGAGAACAAUUCUAAUGGAAUAACCUAUAAUCAAUCAAUAUUUUAUAAUCCUACCAUUAAUACUACUCAUAAUGAUAAUGAUAGUAGUAGUAGUACUACUACUACUAAUACUAUUACUAGUACUACUAUUACUACUACUACUACUACUAGUAGUAGUAGUAAUAAUAGUAGAAAUACAAAAUAUAAUGAUAUAUAUAGCUAUACAUUAACACAGAAUUCAAAUGACUUAACUAAACAACAUAUUACAUCAUCAUUAACAAAAUUUACACAUUUCAAUUUAAUCAAUAAAUUAGAUCCUAUCAAUGUAAACUUAAAUUUAAUCAAUACUGUGAUCUCAUCAAAUGAUCCUAAUCAUCAUCAUCAUCACGAUCAUCAUCAUGAUCAUGGAAUCAAUCAAAAUACUACUAUCAAUGAUGAAGAUGAUAUUAGUAGUAAUAGUAAUAGUAAUAAUAGUAGUAUAAGUGAUAAUGAUAUCAUUUCUAAUAAAUCAUCUAUAUCUAUUAAUAAUGAUAAUAAUAAUAAUAAUAAUCAUAUAGAAAUAAUUAAAUAUGAAAAAAAUAAUCAAUAUCCAAUCAAUCAAUAUCAUCAUUAUAUGAAUCAAUCAAUAAAAAAAAAGAAAAAUUUAAAAUCAACUUAUUCUAAUUCAAAUGAAAUUAUAGAAGAGAAUGAAUUCAAUUAUGAAAUUUAUCAAAAAACUCAAUCUAUUCAAUCAUAUCAAACACAAAUGAAAUCACAACGUACAACUAAAUCAAAUCCUGAUCAACAUAAUGAUAAAUCUUCUUCUCAUAUUAAACGACCAAUGAAUGCUUUUAUGAUAUGGGCAAGAGAUGAAAGAAGAAAAAUUUUAAAAGCAUGCCCUGAUAUGCAUAAUAGUAGUAUAUCUAAAUUUCUUGGAGCUAAAUGGAAAUCUAUGAGUGCUGAAGUUAAACAACCAUAUUAUGAAGAACAAGCUCGAUUAAGUCGUCAACAUAUGGAAGAACAUCCAGCUUAUCGUUAUAGACCACGUCCAAAGCGUACAUGUAUUGUUGAUGGUCGAAAAUUACGUAUAUCUGAAUAUAAAGAAUUAAUGCGUUCAAGAGGAGAUUCAUCACGUAGACAAUGGAUUGGUUCAACAGAUGAACAAUCUCAAAAAAUUGUAGAAGAUAUUUUAGAUAAUACACUUUCAUCUAUACCACAAUUAAGUCCAUCAUUAAGUCCAAUUAAUGGAUAUAAUAGAGAGUUAUUAUCUUCUAAUCAAAAUGAUAAUAUCAUUCAAAAUAUACCAAUUAUCUAUUCAGAACAAUCUAUAAUCAAUAAAAAUGAGCAAAUUAAAGAAAAAAAAGAAGAAGAAGGCGAAAAAGAAGAAGAAAAAGAAAAAGAAAAACAACAACAACAACAACAAAAGAUUAAAAAGGAUGAUGAUUCAUUACAUACUAAACAAUUAUUCAAUGACAAAGCGGAUCAUGUUAUUAUAAUAGAAAACAAAGAAAAAGAAAAAAAAGAAGAAGGAGUAGUAGAAGAAAAAGAAAAAGAAAAAAGAGUAAACGAAAAGGAAAAUAAAGAAAAAGAAAAACAACAACUAGAAGAAGAAGAAGAAGAAGAAGAAGAACAAAUCGAAAUAGAAGAAGAAUCAAUAAGAACUUGUCCAUUUGAAUUAAACAAUAAUAAUGAUAAUAAUAUGUGCCUUAAUAAUACAUCAAAUUCAUUAUCUUUAACUUGAAUAAUCGUUUCUUUUCUAUAUACAACAUGAUACUACUUAUUACUUCAAAUGAAAAUUGAUUUUUUUUGUUGUUGUUGUUUCUCUCUUCCAAUCAAUAAAUUUCGGUGAGAUUAUCAUUUAUGAAUGAACCAAUUAGAUUAAAGAUAAAAAGUCUUGGAUUUUCGGCGCGAAAUUUAUUCAUUUAAAUAAAUAGAAUUUUGAUAUACUAGCUAAUCUCAAUUUACUGAUGAAAAUUUCAAUUCUAAAUUGUAUAUUAUAAUCUUUAUUCUUUACAACAAAUUUA